UAGAGGCCUUUUUCAAUGCUGCUGGUUGGGGGAGCAGAUCCUUGGGAUCAGGGAAUAUUGAGAGGUUAACAAUGUCCCCAGGCAGACCCCCUUCUCCCCUCACAUCCCCCCCAAAAUACAUGGGGCUUCCACUGUUGGACCCACACAGCUGGGAGAGGAAGGGUGUACUGGGACCCAGUACCUUCUGGCUCACUGUGCUUCCACGCAGCCUCAGUUUCUCUAUCUGUAACGUGGAAGUGGGGUGAGGUAUUAAGCCUCUGCCCUCUCUUCCUACUUCAAGGUGAGAAUAUGGGCUGAUGGUCAUGUUUUGGCCAGACUGUGACCCCUCCCAGAAGGCUCACUGAGUGAUCUUCUAGAGAACCUGGAGUCCUUCUACUUUCCACCCACCCGGAUAGAGUCAGGCCAGGCUUAUUGGUUCCCUAGAUGUGUGGGGAGCCUGGCCUGGGUGCAGGGUGACACUCCCCAGCCCCCCCGCCCCCUGCCCCGGCAUCAUGCAUCGGACCACACGGAUCAAAAUCACCGAGCUGAACCCUCACCUCAUGUGUGCCCUCUGCGGGGGGUACUUCAUCGAUGCCACUACCAUCGUGGAGUGCUUGCAUUCCUUCUGCAAAACCUGCAUCGUGCGCUACCUGGAGACCAACAAAUACUGCCCCAUGUGUGAUGUGCAGGUCCAUAAAACCCGGCCGCUGCUGAGCAUCAGAUCUGACAAAACUCUCCAAGACAUCGUUUACAAAUUGGUCCCUGGGCUUUUUAAAGAUGAGAUGAAACGGCGGCGGGAUUUCUAUGCAGCGUACCCCCUGACAGAAGUCCCCAAUGGCUCCAAUGAGGAUCGCGGCGAGGUUCUGGAGCAGGAGAAGGGGACCCUGAGCGACGACGAGAUUGUCAGCCUCUCAAUCGAGUUCUACGAAGGUGUCAGGGACCGGGAGGAGAAGAAGGGCCCCCUGGAGAAUGGGGAUGGGGACAAGGAGAAGCAGACAGGGGUGCGCUUCCUGCGAUGCCCAGCAGCCAUGACCGUCAUGCAUCUUGCCAAGUUUCUCCGCAACAAGAUGGAUGUGCCCAGCAAGUACAAGGUGGAGGUUCUAUAUGAGGACGAGCCCCUGAAGGAAUACUACACCCUCAUGGAUAUCGCCUACAUCUACCCCUGGCGGCGGAACGGCCCUCUCCCCCUCAAGUAUCGUGUCCAGCCGGCCUGCAAGCGGCUCACCUUGCCCACAGCACCCACCCCCUCUGAGGGCACCAACACCAGUGGGGCAUCUGAGUACACCAUCCUCCACCAGCAGGGGGCGCAAGAUGACUGUCAACGGAGCUCCUGUGCCCCCCUUAACUUGAGGAAAGGGACCCUCUUCCUUCUUUUCCAGCCACGCCUCUCCACUCCUCCACUUUUUCUGGGCCCCUUUUUCCACCUCUUCUACUUUCCCCAGCUCCUCCCACCUUAGGGGUGGGGGGCGGGUUUUAUAAAUAAAUCUAUAUAUAUAUGUACAUAGGAAAAACCAAAUAUACAUACUUAUUUUCUAUGGACCAACCAGAUUAAUUUAAAUGCCACGGGAAACAAACUUUAUGUGUGUGUAUGUGUGGGGGAUGGGGUGUUCAUUUUUAGGGGGUCUUGUGUAAUUUGCCCUGCUCUCUUGGGGGGGUGCCUGGAGGUAGACUGGAGGACCACUUGAGGCCCAAUAAAGCUCUGCUCCAUCCUCCUUCUGUUUCCCAGGGAAGAUGGGGCGUUAGGGGGCCCCACCAGCCCCCAAAUCUUUAGGCCCAGUUCUAACUGGCUGUGUUUGGGGUCCACCUUCCCUCUCCCCAUCUUGGCUGCCAUCCUGCCCUGACCAGUGCCCUGCCCCCCCACACCACCAUUGUUGAAUGUCCAGAAAAUUGCUAAGACAGUGCCUUUUACAAAUGCAGUUUAUUCCUGGUUCUGAGGAGUGAGUGGGCGGUGGAGAUGGCAUCUCCCUUACCUCCUCCUCUUGCAGUGGAAACUUUGUGCAGAGAAUAGAUAGUUCUGCCUUUUUUUUUUGCCUUUGUGUGUGGCCUGUGCAUCAUUUAUCUUGUGGAAGAGAAGAUUCAGGCCACGUGAGGCCUCAGCCCUUGGAAUUCCACUGUGGCUUUAGCAUUGUGAACCCCCCCCCCCCGGAACCCCGCACUAGCAAGGCUGGUGGUAAAGUCUCAUUUGGGGGCCUAGAGGGGACAGGGGGAGUGGGGUUAACCUCAGACAAGCACAGACCCCAGAUUCUGCCAAAGGCAAACAGCCCUCCAGUCCCCUCCCCGCCCUCAGCUGAGGCUGAGUCAGGAAAGAGUGACAGAGGCUUCUAAAAGCACAAGAAGACAGAAACCUGUAAGCUCUGACCUCAGCUUCAUCCCGAGAGGUCAGUGGACUGUCCCCUGGGGGGCAGACCCCACCAGAUCCCUGCCCGCCUGUUUUUCCUCCAGUGUACAUGGAGCAGAUCGGGGAGGAGGCAAGACUCUCACAACCUAGAUGUUUGGGGUUGGGAGCCCCCUGACGGGUUUGUCUGUGUUUGCACCUUGUCCUGUGUCUGAGGUGCUGUGGCUGUACACUCCUCCCGCCCUGGGACAUUUGUAUCUCCUGGCUUUGUAAUAAAUGCUGCAUACUCUC